GGAGGAGCAGCAAGUACUCCUAACUGCUGAACCAUCUCUUCAGCCCUACACUUUGUUAAUUGAAUUACUUGGUUCUUUGACAGUUUGUGUCUAUUUUAAAAGCCUUCUGAUUACUGGUGCUCCACACACAGCUCAGAAGUACUCCCUAUGAAACCUGUCCUACAUUCAUGUCUCUGGUUGUUUUGUGCCAGCUGGGGUUUUUGUGUUAGUUCGUUCGUUGUUGAUGUGAUGUCUCACUGAGUUUCCUCGACUGAGCAGACGCACGUGUGAUACAAGGAGAAGCAUCCACCUUAGAGAAAGGGACAGGUCAGGUUUGCCCUCCUGCCCAGGGCUAUCCGCCCUGUUGGGUGUUAGAGUAGAUGGAGGUUAUACAUGUGCUCUGUGAACUUGGAUGGAGGAGUCAUUAGAUUGUAUAUGCAGAAGAAUUGAGAGAAUGUGGGCCUGAGUGAGCUGUGAGCAGGUUAGGGACACCCAACAGCUUUGUCCUGGUGCUCCAUAUAGAAGCUCUCAUCUCUGUCUUGCCAGGUCCACUUCGGGAGUCACUGCCUUAGACAUCCAUGUGCCUCUUUGGUAAAGCAUACCCAUGAGAGUGUGGGGUCAUUGUGGUGCUAGUGUUUCCCAGAGGUGAUCAGGGGGAGAUGACAUGCUGUUUGUGAUACAGUAGCUGUGUGAACUUAACUUGUCCUAGAUUUCAAGUGUGCUGGGUUAAAGUGCCUUCUGCUUGGGCUCUCUCUUAAGUUACCCAUCUAGGUACACAGGGGACAUGUGCGGAGACCUGCAGACAGCACGGAGGAGUUCCGUGAAAGCUCUGCAGGCUGCUAGGCUUUGUCCUAAUAGGACUCCUGCUUCUGAACUCAACACCCUCAGCCGAGGGUCGGUUCCCAGAAACCAGUCAUACUGGUGCCUGUCAUCUGAAAACCACUGGUUGAAUGAGAAGAAGGUGGCAGGGCUUUGUGGCGUGUGGGGUUAUAACUCACAUGGCUGCAGCCAGUGUGACUCCCCCUGGCUCCCUAGACCUGCUGCAGCCCGGCUUCUCCAAGACCCUCCUGGGGACCAAGUUAGAAGCCAAGUACCUGUGCUCAGCCUGCAGAAACAUCUUGCGGAGGCCCUUCCAGGCCCAGUGUGGUCACCGCUACUGUUCCUUCUGCCUGACCAGCAUCCUCAGAGCUGCCACGAAGGGCUAUGCCCAUUCCUGCUCACCGAGUGUCCUGCAUGUAAAGUCCUGGUCCGCCUCAGCGAGAAGGAGCACCACACUGAGCAGGAAUGCCCCAAAAGGAGCCUGAGCUGCCAGCACUGCAGGGCAUCCUGUAGCCAUUCAGACCUGGAGGUACACUACGAGGUCUGCCCUAAGUUCCCCUUAACCUGUGAAGGCUGCGGCAAGAAGAAGAUCUCUCGGGAAAAGUUUCAGGACCAUGUUAGAUCAUGCACCAAGUGUCGGGUUCCCUGCAGAUUCCACACCAUCGGCUGUCCUGAGAUGGUGGAGACUGAGGAGCUUCAGGAGCAUGAGGUGCAGAGGCUGCGGGAACACCUGGCCCUGUUGCUGAGCUCGUUCCUGGAGUCCCCAGCCUCACAGGCAAGCCAGAACCAGGCGGGGCCGGAGCUGCUGCAGCGCUGCCACACUUUGGAGCAGAAGACAGCCACCUUCGAGAACAUUGUCUGCGUCCUGAACCGGGAAGUAGAGCGGGUGGCAGUGACUGCAGAGGCUUGUAGCCGGCAGCAUCGGCUAGACCAGGACAAGAUUGAGGCCCUGAGUAACAAGGUGCAGCAACUAGAGAGGAGCAUUGGCCUCAAGGACCUUGCCAUGGCCGACCUGGAGCAGAAGGUCUCAGAGUUGGAAGCAUCCACCUAUGAUGGAGUCUUCAUCUGGAAGAUCUCAGACUUUGCCAGGAAGCGUCAGGAAGCUGUAGCUGGCCGUACACCUGCUAUCUUCUCCCCAGCCUUCUACACAAGCAGAUACGGCUACAAGAUGUGUCUGCGAGUCUACUUGAAUGGCGAUGGCACUGGGCGGGGAACUCAUCUGUCUCUUUUCUUCGUGGUGAUGAAAGGCCCCAAUGAUGCCCUCUUGCGGUGGCCUUUUAAUCAGAAGGUAACAUUGAUGUUGCUGGACCAGAACAACCGGGAGCAUGUAAUCGACGCAUUCAGGCCUGAUGUGACCUCAUCCUCCUUCCAGAGGCCUGUCAGUGACAUGAAUAUCGCCAGCGGCUGCCCCCUCUUCUGCCCUGUGUCCAAGAUGGAGGCCAAGAAUUCCUAUGUGCGGGAUGAUGCUAUCUUCAUCAAAGCUAUUGUGGACCUAACGGGACUCUAGCCACCUGUACUAGGAACAGCAGCUCAGUGAGGAGCUGCCACACUGGGCCAGGGCCCUGCCACACAAGGGUGGGCAGGCUUGGUGCAAGCGCUGGGAAGGGCCUCCGCCUGAGCCAGUCACCAUCACACGGAAAGGCAGGACGGAGCCUCCAGUUGGUCCUCAACUGGUGGACUGAGUGGGGGGGUCCAUUCAGCUCAGGGUCCUUGUGGGACCAGCUGGGGUCUUCUCAGCUUUCCAGUAGAAAAGUUCUCGCUGUCUUUUCUGUCUGGGGAAGGGAGAGGCCCUUGGGUGGGGUACUCAGAAAGAGCCUGGAGAGAGAGAGAGAGGGGGCUUCAGAGCUCCACCAGCAGCAAGAGUGUGGUGGUCGAACUUACCCACUCUGGCUUGUGGCAAGGAGGUAGGGGCUCACAGGAGAAGGGCAUCCACCUGCAGAGCCCAGCCCAGGGGAGAAGCACUCUGAGACACAGGCACGCACUGGAAAAGGCCUGCCUGGGCUGCACAGCCCUGCCAGGUGGCCUGUAUUGAGGAGAAGUGAUUAAACUAUUCAGAAGUCUAUGACAAGUGGUGUUCAUCUGGCUCCAGGAUGCCUGCUGUGUCCAGCCUAGGUAGAAAUGGCCCUCUGGGGCUUCUGCUUUCCUCUUCACAUUGACUGUCUGUUCCUUAUACCCUUCAAGCCCAGGGCUCCAUGUGAGCACUCCAUCAUGGGUCUGCCUGUGUAGAAGUGAAGGACUGACCCUUGCCUGGCUCAUGUUCAAGGUUGUUUCCUCAGGGUUCUGGCCUGGUUCACUCUUUGGACUGAGGUUGGAAUAGAGGCACCAUGGUCUAGGUACGGGACAUGUCUGUUAGUCAGAAGGCAUAUCCAAUCUCCAUGGGUCCGCUUUCAAGUCACCACAAUAGGAAAUGGGGAGAGCACCAGGGUGGACCCAUCCAUGCCCAUCUCGGUGAGCCUGCUGUGAUUGAGGAAACAUUGCUGUCUAGACCUGUUCAGGUUCCUGCUCUGUCUGAAUUUUCACUCUGUAUGUGCUGGCUUUGAAAGUAUACGGAAACAGCAUGGGAUGGCAUCAUGGCGGAGGACUAGCUUCCCCUGACUGCCCUGUGGCUUUCUGGUGGAGGACAGACAUCUUGUUUUUUUCUCCUGCGUCUGUGCCUUGAGUUCGUAAGCUGGACCAGGGUCUAGGCCCGCCUGUCACCUGUGGCCCCAGGAGAGCUGGGGUUACGUGGCUGUCCCUUAGGUAUUUGUACUUGCUCUAGAGAACUACAUCAGGGGCCUUCGUGGGGCUGUGUGUGACCUGUGUGCCUUGUAGUAACUUACUUAUACUUCUCUGAGGACUGACUUUACCAGCUUUAUUGCUCUGGAAUUUCUCCAUAGGAACUGCCCAUUUCUGUCCAUUUUUCUACUUACUUUCUUCCUGCUUGGUAAAAGUUUCUGGUCUUUCUAACAUUGA